AUGACGGCUCGCGUGGAGGUCGGCGUACCACGCUGGCAGCAGCUGCAGCAAUGGACGCCUCUGCCGGGUGAGUCCUGGCUGGCGCGGCCCUUGAAGUCGCUGGGCCUCGCCGACGUCUUCCACGGUGGAGGUGGAGCCGUGGAGGGCCGAGCAAAGCGGGUGAGGGAGUGGCCGAUUGUUGCGGCAAAGCGCCAACGGUCCGGCUCGUGGCACUCGAAGCCGUUGCUUACGCCACCGAAACCCGACACGAUCGGCCGAUCCAUGUUUGCAGAGCCAAAGUCCGGCCACAGCAAGGAGCCGUUUCGAGAAAACAUCCAACAGGGCUCAAGGCCUGCUUCCGAGCGCGGGAAGGCGAGCAGCGCAAAGGAUUCCGAGGAAAGCGAGGAAAGCGAAGCCUCGGAAGCGGAAUCAAAGGCUUCGAAGGCUCCGAACUCGAAGGCCUCGAAGGCUUCAAAGAAGGGCAAGGACGACGAGGACGCGGCAGGCGGUACCAUCGAGGUCAAGGAUCCGGAGACCUUGUGGAAGGUGAACAUCGAAGCAGUCUACCGGCGCAAGAAUCCGAAACUCUUGUCGAAGGUGCCGGACUUCAUUGCCAAAUACAAGGCAAAUGGAACCCCACUCGCACAUCUGUAUGCAAAGGUGUGUCGCACCUAUGAGUUGGACCCCAAGGUGAUGUGGGCCACUCGUGGAGAGGAGGAUGACAAUGCGGACGAGGAUGGAGCAUGCUUCAAAGACAACGCUUUCGACGACGAUGAGGCCAAGGAGACAUCCAAGCGCGAAGGUGCUGCUUCCACAGGAGGGAUCUUUGGUGCUACAGGCGGUGCUUCGUCUGGAGGGCUUUUUGCAGGAACCAGCCUCUUCGAUAGUGCACCCAGCUCCAGCUCCACAGGAACGGACCUUUCAGGUCUUUUCAGCGCUGGGAAACCUGCUUCCGAGGGGCUUGCGAAGCCUGCAGCCAGUAUCUUCGAUUCUGCCCCCAGCAGCUCCGGAAGCAUUUUCGGAGGCAUUGGUGGCUCCACUACAGAGGUGGCGCUGCCGAGCUCAGGUGGGAUCUUCAUGUUCGGUGCUACCACGAGCAGCGCUGCUUCAACGGCACCACCGACCAGCAUCUUCGGCGGCGGUGCCAGUUCUUCUGGCGCAGCCUCAGCAUCAUCGGCACCCUCGGCACCCGCGGCGGCGGCGACUUCGGCCACCAGCAUGUUUCAGUUCGGGGCAGCGCCCACCGCAGCGGAGGUGCCGCCAGCAAGUUCGAGCGCUGGCGUCGCUUCCGGUGGAGGUGCGAGUAUAUUCGGAGCCGAAGCAACAUCAGGAAAUGCUCUUGCCAGCAUCUCGCAAAGCUCGCAGAGUGCGCCGAGUUCAAGCUCCAAUAUCUUUGGUGCCGCACCAGGCUCAAUUGGAAGUAUCUUUAGUGCUGCGAGUUCUGGUGGCAGCAUCUUUGGCUCUGAACCUGGAAGUUCAAGUGGUAUAUUCGGUGCCACCCAGCCAGCAAGCAGUCCCAGUACAGGAAGCAUCUUCGGAGCUCCAGCCGAUACUUCAAGCAGCAACAUUUUCGGUGCAGCGCCGCCAAGUGCUUCAACGCAGCCAGCGGGCCAAAACUCCGGCAGCAUCUUCGGUGCACUUCAGGCAACUACCACCCCGAGUUCUGGCAGCAUCUUCGGCUCACAACCGGCAAGCAGUCCAGAUUCCGGAAGCCUGUUCGGUGCAACCCCGACCCCGCCGACAGGCAGCCCAAGUUCAGGCAGUAUCUUCGGUGCAGUCCAGACAGCAAGUUCAGGCGGCAUUUUCGGUGCAGCCCAGCCCGGCGCGAGCACGAGUUCUGGCAGCAUCUUCGGUGGUGCUUCAGGAAGUGGCCCCGGCAUCUUCUCAGCACAGACCGGCAGCGCAUCCACUGGUCCUGGCCUGUUUGGUGCACCGGCAGCCAGUGCGGGAGGUAUUUUUGGAGCUCCGAGCGCAGGAGCCAAUAUCUUCGGCCAGCCAGCCCAACCGGCCCAGCCCGCGCAGCCGGCCCAGCCGGCAGUUUCAGCAGGAGGCCUCUUUGGCGCCAGUGCCGGCUCUCAGGGAGCCAGCAUGUUCGGUGGGACAACUGGUGGGAUCUUCAGCCCAGCCCAGAGUGCCGCCAGCUCUGCGGGGGCCGGGAACCUCUUUGGCCAAGCUGGUGGCAACAUCUUCGGGAGUGGUGGCGGUGCCGCGGCCUUCGGUGCAUCUGGAGGAGUUGGCGGAGGUGUUUUCGGCCAAUCCUCCGGUGCAGGAGGUGGCAACAUCUUCGGAGCACCGGCUCCAGGUGCCGCCUCCACGGGCGGCAUGUUCCAGUUCGGGGCGCCGACACCGGCACCGCAGAGCGCACCCUGCGGUGGAGGCGGGUCCAUUUUCGGUCAGCCGCAGCCGCAGCCGAGCCCUGGUGGUGGUAACGCGUUCAUGUUCGGCCAGGGCCCGGCACAGUCGCAAGGAUCUGCGGACAUGUUUGGACAGCCAGCUGCAGGUCCAAAUGCUGGUUUUGGUGGCUCACCUUUUGGUGGUGCUCCGCAAGGCUUUCCGCCACCCGGUGCAGGGUUUGGCCAACCUGCGGCGGCAGCAGGUGCCUUCGGCGGUUUCGGACCAGCUCCAGGUGCAGGUGGCUUCGGCGCUGCUCCACAGGCUGCCGGCGGAAACCUUUUCGCGCAGCCCAACCCCAGCGGUCCACCGCCGGGGCGCAGUCAAGUGCUCAUACUCGAUGGUGGUCUUGCCACGCACGUCGAGGCGCUUGGCGAAAGUAUCGACCACUCCCUCUGGUCUGCCUCCUGCCUGGUGAGGAACCCGACGGUCAUCAAACAGGCGCACAGAGACUACUAUGAUGCUGGCGCCGCGGUGGCCAUCACUGCUUCCUACCAGGCACACUUCGAUGGUUUUCGCGAGCUCGGGAUGGACGAGGAGGAGGCGCUCAAGGCAGUGAAACGCUCGGUCGACUUAGCGCGCGAGACGGCGCCUCCUGGGGCACUGGUAGCAGGCAGCGUGGGCAGCUAUGGCGCCUCGCUGCACAACGGCGCGGAGUACACCGGCGACUUUCCAGGGAUGGAUGAAACGAGUCUGCUUGCCUGGCACCGGCCCCGAGCCAAGGCUUUGGUCGAAGCAGGUGCUGACAUCCUCGCAUGCGAGACGGUGCCGAGCCUUUUGGAAGCCCGAGCUCUCGUUCGCCUGCUGAACGAGUUGGAGCAUCCUGGUUGGGUCACCUUCUCCUGCAAAUCGGACACUGAAGUCUGCUCGGGCGAUGUCUUCGCAGACUGCAUCGCUGCGGUGGCCAACUGCGACUGGGUCGUUGGAGCAGGCGUGAACUGCACGCAUCCCGACUUCGUCGCUGGCCUCGUCCAAAUCUGCCGGGAGUCGUUGCCCGCCGAAAAGAGCUUGCGGAGAAGCUUCGUUGUCAGAAGCGCUACACAUUCUCAUCAAGGUGUGGUCGUGUACCCCAAUGCCGGCGAGGUUUGGAAUGGUACAACUCAUGCCUGGGAGACGGGCUCAGCCACAGCUGACGAACAGUAUGUGGAGCUGGCGCGCAAGUGGCUCAAGCUUGGCGCCAAUUGUAUCGGGGGCUGCUGCCGAACGGGGCCCGCGACUAUCGCGGCGCUCAAGAAAGGGUUGACGGUGACCCCGUGA